CAUCCCAUUCAGCUGAGUCCGAAGCCCAGCAUCGUUAAACUAUUCUGCCUUAGUUUCCUGUCAUUAGCCCUUUUGGGCCCUGUCCCCUACUUCGGGGCAAUGAGAAGAACGGGCCGGCCUAGGCGUGGGAGCGGCAAAGAGUCACCGCCUCUCAAUCUCGCCAGUGACGGGGGCAACAGCCGCGGCAGGCGAGCUCCUCCCUCUCCUACGCGCCUGCCUCCUCAGGAAGAGAAAUAUCAGGGCCAGAGCGGAGAUACGGAGCCCGAUCGCAGCGCCAGCCAAGACACCGUGAGCGAACCAACCGCCGCUGUCUUCUUACUCCGCGGACUGCAACAGUCCCUGGGGAGGCAGCUUCCCGGUGGGGCCGCUCCUCACGCAAUGAAGAGGGGAGGACCAGGCAGGAAAGGGACCAAAAGCGACUCUCAGAAGCAAGCGAAGCGGGACCGCUUAGCCCACGAAUUCGGCGAGUGGCAAGACUGGCUGCGCGAUACUCUGAGAGAAACAGGAUUCUUUAUUGCAAGAACAGAUAGCAAAAUAUGGCUUACACUUAUAAUGGCUGCUAUUGCAGGAAUCCUUCACUGGUAUCACAUAACAACUCUCUUUGAAAAUGAUCGUCACUUUUCUCAUCUUUCAACUCUGGAACGGGAAAUGGCAUUUCGAACUGAAAUGGGUCUCUAUUAUUCCUACUUCAAGAUUAUAGUUGAAGCACCAUCAUUUUACAGUGGAGUUUGGAUGAUUAUGAAUGAUAAUCUAACUGAAUAUCCUCUUGUAAUAAACACACUGAAAAGAUUUAAUCUCUAUCCAGAGGUUGUGUUAGCCAGCUGGUACCGCAUAUAUACAGGGGCAAUGAAUUCUUUUGGCAUUCAGACACAAAAGUGUUGGACUGUGAAUAGAGGGGAAGGUCUGAGUCCUGUUGAAAGCUGUGAAGGAUUAGGAGAUCCUGCUUCUUUUUAUGUGGCUAUGAUAUUUCUUCUAAAUGGAUUGAUGGUGUCAGUUUUCUUCCUAUAUGGCACAUAUCUAAGUGGGAACAGAUUUGGAGGGUUACUUACAGUGGCAUGCUACUUUUUCAACCACGGGGAGAGUACUCGUGUGAUGUGGACUCCUCCUCUUCGUGAAAGCUUUUCUUAUCCCUUCCUUGUGGUUCAGAUGUUGUUAUUAACAUACAUUCUCAGGACACAGAAUAUAAAUAGAAGAAGCUUGAUUGCACUAUCUGUUUCUAAUGUUCUAUUCAUGCUUCCAUGGCAGUUUGCCCAGUUUGUUCUUUUAACACAGGUAGCAUCUGUUUUUGGUAUAUACAUUUUGGGAUUUAUAGAUUCAGCCAAACUACAGAAGAUACUUUAUGCACAUAUGGUAUCACUUGCUGUAUGCUUUGUCUUUAUGUUUGGAAACUCUAUGUUGAUGACAUCCUAUUAUGCUGCCUUUUUGAUAGUCAGCUGGAGUAUUCUGGAACUGGGCCCUAAGUACCUGAAAUUGUAUACUAAACAUAUACCUUUGUGGGCUUUGGAAGGAUUUUCUUGCCUGUUUGGGACAAUUAUCUUGAAAUUCUUGAUGUGUCUAAUAUUUGGAAUAUCUGAUGAUGUCCAUAUAAGUAAUUUGUUAAAAGCAAAACUUACCGGUUAUAGAGAUUUUGAUACAUCAAUGUAUACUUGUGCUGUGGAGUUUGAUUUCAUGGAAAAAGAGACUCCAGUUAGAUAUAUGAAGACGCUCCUGCUUCCAGUAUGCCUUAUUGUUUUUUCAGUAAUUGUUGUAAAGGCUUUUCAAUAUGUUAUACUUAAAAAGAAAUCUUCUGAAAGACAGGAGUAUUAUUUUAACCAGGGUGAGAUCGUAUACCAUGCAUUGCAACUAUUUUUUUUUACUAUACUUGCCAUUUUAAUAAUGAGACUAAAGUUGUUUCUGACUCCACAUAUGUGCAUUAUGGCAUCCUUGAUAUGCUCAAAACAGGAAACAAUUAUGCGAAAGAAAAGAAAAAUUGAUUCUGACUGCAGAAUCUUCAAAGAACAGUGGAUUUCUGAUUAUUUUUUCAUGCAGUACAAGAAAAGAGUGUUUGUCUGCUAUACCAGGAUUUAGUGGCUGUGUUCAAGGAAUACAAUUUGUGUUGGCACUACGAGACUUGACAUAAGGACAUAUCUGAUUGUUUGAUUGGACAAUUGAGAAAAGACAAAAUAUUAAAACUGAAAAAUGGAUUGACAACUCAGCAAAAUGUUUUUGUGAAGCAGAGCAGAUAAAUAUUUUAUCACUGCGAGCAAGUUUUCAAAUUGCCAAGUUAAUAGCGCGCACUGGCAGACCAUUUGUAGAGGGAGAAUUUGUUUAAAAUGCCUCUUUCUGUUGCCAAAGAGAUGUGUCCAGAGAAGACUGAUUUAUUAAGUACUGUGAGUCUUUUAGGACCUACAAUUACAUAAAGGAUUGAAGAAAUGGGGGACAAUUUGCAUCAGCACUUGCAAAACUCGUCAAAAAAAGUUAAUAUUUUUCAUUGGCACUUGAUGAAAGCAAUGACAUUCGUGAUUCUGCACAACUUCUAAUUUUCAUUUGCAGGACAAAUGAUUAUUUUGAAGUCAUGUAGGAGCUUGCUGCAUUGAAAAGCAUCAAAGGAAAACAGGAGAGGAUAUCUUUAAAAAAGGUUCACCAAACUUUGAAUGAUUUGGAGCUGGACUGGGCUAAAUUAGCCAAUGUGACAACUGAUGGUGCGCCUAGCAUGGUGGGAUGUAUGAAAGGAGUAGUUGCACACAUUAACAAAGAGAUGGAUAAACACAACCACUCGCAUCCAAUAGCCAUACACUGCCUCAUUCACCAAUGAGCUGUUGUGUCUCUUCCGAUCUCACCACAGCCGGGGCCUUCUUAUCUGCUUCCGAACACGGAGGAAUGUCCUAGUAUGCCUCCCGGCCCCAGCCCUGGCUCCAUGCCCAGACAGGCUGAAGAGGGGGAAGUAUCUCCAGCCCCUAGCUCUGGCUCCAUGGCCAGGCAAACGGAGCAACUAGACCCCUCCCCCUCCUCCACAGCAUGUGAGCCUGAGGGAGGUCAGUUGUCAACAGCUGCAGACUGGAGUGACCCUCGCGUCAGAAGACUUGAUAGACGGAGGCAACAGAAGGAAGGGAGGGGCAGGCCUGGAUAAGUGCUGAGUCAUGGAGCCACACCCCAUGGCCUAUAUAAAGGACCUGCUUUCUGGCAUUCUCUGAGUCAGGCAAAGUCUAAACGUAUCUUGCUGAAGUCACUUCCUGGUCUCCUGCCUGCCCUGAGGACUUUGCUAGGACUUUGGCAGAGCUGCAGAGGCAUGCCUGAUUCAGAUUUCCCUGACCCGGCCGUCAGCGGAGGAGUGGGACACAACAUGAGCACUGUGUUCUAAGUAACUGAAGUCGGACUCUGUCAUGAAAGUUGUAGUGUCUUGUGUUAACUUCAUUAGGGCACAUGCACUCAAUCACAGACAGUUUCAGGAAUUUCUAUCUGCGCUACAUGUUGCCUAUGAAGAUAUUUUGUACCACACAGAAGUCCAUUGGCUGAGUUGAGGGAGAGUUUUGAAAUCUUUCUAUGACUUACUUCCAUAGGUUUUUGCUUUUCUAAUUUCAAAAAACAAAGAAGUACUAAAGCUCAAAGAUGAAGAAUGGAAAUGGCACCUUGCCUUUCUGACAGAUGUAACAGAGCUACUCAACAGAGCUACUCAACUGUUUGAAUGUGCAACUUCAAGGAAAGGGGAAGCUCAUCUGUGAUAUGCUUUUAUAUGUGAAGGCAUUUGAAGUAAAAUUGGACCUCCUCAUUAAACAAGUGAAGGAGGAAAACCUCUGCCAUCUCCUUACUACCUGAAAGCUGUUGGCUGAAAAACAGUUGCAUUCCCAAACAAAAAUGUGUGGAUUCAACAGAAAUGUUGCAAAGAAAGUUUCAAAUUAGAUUUAAAGAGCUUUCUGCACAUGAACAGAACAUACAGCUUUUCCGGAACCUAUUUUCUCUUGACAUUGAAAUUGUUGAUCCGAUUUACCAAAUAAAACUGGCUGAAUUAUAGAAUUGUGACUCUCUGAAAGACAUAUUCAAGUCAAGCAGCCUUACUAAUUUCUAUGCCUCUCCCCCCUCUGAUACAUAGCUUAAUCUCAGGAACCAUGCACUCAAAAUGGUAAUCAUAUUUGGAUGCACCUAUGUCUGUGAACAGACUUUUCCCCCAAUGAAACAACUAAAAUCUCCAACCAGAUCCAGACUACCUAAUGAACACUUGCAUCACUUGCUAUGACUUGCAGUGACAAAUACGGAACUGGACAUUGACUUUCUCAUCAGCCAAAAGCAGGCCCACACUUCCCAUUGAAUUAGUAGUAUAUUUAUGUUAGUUAAAAUUGAUCUUCAUUUUAAAUAUUGUAUUAUUUCAUGGUUUUUGCACUACAAAUAAAGUUAUGUCUAGUGUUCAUAGGAAUUUGUUCAUAUUUUUUUCAAACUAUAGUCAGGGCCCCCAACAGUCUGAGAGACCAUUAUCCCUCCUUAAUGCACCAAUGGAGGCUGGGGGGAAGGUUGUUUUGAUUCUCGCCUUCCGCCUGCUUGCAAUGCCUCUCAGUGCCCAUCUUGGGGGUUUUAGUUACAGUCUUAAUUGGUGCAAUUCUCAGUCUGGUUUAUUGUGUGGUCAUCUGAAACAUAUGAUCAGGAGUUAUUUUGAAGGAAAUCUGUUUAAUUCUUUUUUUAAUAGCCUACUUUAAGGAGCCUGAAGCUGCUGUUGUAAUAAAGUUAGGCAAGUAGCAAGAAUGUUUGCGCUCUUUUUCCCUUUGGGGGAGGGGUCUUAUUAAGUAAAUAGAUUCCUUGGGUUGAGCAAGUACAGCUUAGGAAGGACAAAGGCAAAAUGGACUGCUAAAUUGGCCACGGCCACCCAGUCACAUGACUGCCCAGCCACCUGGUCCACCCCCCAACAGCCUGUGGGACCAUGAAUCAUCCCCCUGUUUAAAAAGUGUUUAUCUGUGUCCUCUGUGUCCUCAGGAUCACCUGAGUAGUGUUCCUGAUUCCUGUCGUCUGCAUUUUUUUUUUCUGGAUUUUUUUUUCUGGAAAUCCAUUCCUACUCCCACACCAAAGGGUGUUCAAAAAGCUUUUAGCUAUACAAUUUGGGAUGAACACCCUUGAACACCCUGUUCAGGUAGGAGAAAGUAAAAAUGGAUUUCCAGAAAAAAAAAUGCAGUCCAGUUGCCUCCUAAAUAAAACAUCUUUAGGACAACCAUGACCUAGAUGACUGAGAAUCUCUACAGACUUUCAGUGAAUGUAUUAUUAUACCUUUAAGUUAAUGAGGACCUGCUAACUCAUCAAGAGACCAACUAAUUAAGCUAGAAAUUAAUUAUCUAAGUUGCCAAAUUUGGAUGAAAGCUUAGGAACCAAAGGACUGGAACUGAUUCCAGUCCAGACCCCACCAGGGAACUACCAGAGGACUAGAAAAGAGCUGAUGUAGUUCCUAUCUUCAAAAAAAGGGGAAAAAAUAGAUCCAGGAAACUACAGGCCUAUCAGCCUGACCUCAAUACCAGGGAAGAUUCUGGAAAAGAUAAUCAAGCAAUGAAUCAGCGAGCACCUAGAAGCAAACAAAGUAAUAACCAAAAGCCAACACUGGUUUGUCGGGGGCGUGGCCAUGACCGUGGUGGGGUAAGGACCUUUCCUUCACUUCACAGGGCUUAUUAAUGAAGAUUUAUGAGAAUUUAUGCCGUUUGGAAUGCACUGUUAUGGACGAAAGUUAAUAAAUCAUGAACUGAAAGUGUUAACAGCCCAGCAGAUUGAAUUUAAAACUGGUAGGUCAUCUGAAACGGCUUGAAUUAAGGAGUUUCUACAGCAUGGGUUGACCGAAGCCGGCAGACAAGAUAAGUUGGAAUAAAUUGCUGUGUUUUGUUUUUCCAAAAUUAACUAUCUUGUUCUGUGUUAAAAAAAAAUUUUCUAUUGCUGAGGCUAAGUGAAGGACUGAAUUUGAUAAUGAGAAGAUUAUUAUUUUUUUGAGCCUUCCGGAAGUUCAGCCAAGAAGAAUUUAAUUGAAGAGAAGAGAAACUGAUUUUUUAUUGGAUUGUUUGGUAGUAAGAGGAUUUUACUGAGCUAAUUUUUUACUGAGCUAAUUUUUUCUUUAUUUUUUUUUUUCUCUGGAGAGCAAAUUAAUAGCUUGUUUAUAUUACAAAAAAAAAAGAAGGAUUUUGCUUCGUUUAAGUUGGUUUGUCUUCCUUUCUGCUUUGCUGACGUGGAGGAAAAAUGGCGCUGAUUAAUGUUAGCUGUGAAGUUUUGUGUUUCUUUGUGGAGUAUCCUUGAACUUGAGAGAUAACAGUGCAAAUAAGCCGCUUCGCUUCAAUUAAAAGACAGUCGUCCUUUGAUCUUCACUAAGACCCUCUGUAAAAUUGGUUUGGAAUCCUAGUUUGGGAAAUUUUUUGGUUUUUUUCAAAAUGACUCAACAACUUUCAGAAACGCAGCAACUUGCUGCAGCUUUAAAUAAAAUUGGGGAAAAAAUAGCAGGACUAUCAGAGCGUAUAGAUAAUUUGACAUUGAAACUGACAUCUGAAAUGCAGAAUUUAAAGCAAGAGAUGAAUGAAAACUUUGCAAAACAAAAAGAGGAAAUGAUAAUGAUUAAAGAUGAAAUGGAGCAGAUGCAUGUGCAUGAGGUAAAAGUAGAUCGGCAAAUUGGUAAA